AUGGCAACGUGUCUUCGCCUCAGGAGAUGUAUGAGUAUCGAUUCGCGCGCUUUCUUCGUUUCCGCCGCUAGAUUCUCCUCCUCCUCUUCGUCAUCGUCACCCUCAUCGUUAUCUUCCGGUAAGACUAAAACGGGGAAGAAGCUCAUAGAUCGUCUUUCGGCCGUUAUGGACGCCGUUCACGAUCGCAAACUACCGCCGGAGCUACGCGGCCAGCGCAACAAUGUAAGGUCAGAAACUGAUAUGAUUAACGUUGUUGAGCAAAGGAUAUGGCAUUCCAUGGAAGAGGGUCAGUUUGAGAACUUGCCAGGUAAAGGCAAGCCGCUGAAGCUUGACACAAAUCCUCAUGCAGAUCCAGCUGAAGACACCCUGUACCGAAUCUUGUCGAAAAAUGGAUGCGCACCAGAGUGGGUUGAGCUUAACAAAGAAAUAAGAUCUAAAAUAUCUGAAUGGAGGAUGUCCUUGAAGAAAGCUUGGGCUAAUAAAUGUAGUGGUGAUCACUCCGAGUGGGUUGAAAGUUCAGAGAAUUUGAAAUCGCAGUUACGAGAAAUCAACGAUAAGGUUUUCCGGUAUAACCUCAUUGUGCCUUUUGGUCGGCAAAUGUUUGGCCUUAAGUGGGAGAAGGAGCUAGGUUACUUGGAAGAAAAAUGA